AUGUUCUUCAAGAUUGCCGCUCCUGUUCUCCUGGCUGCCUCGGCCCUUGCGCAGACCUUCUCGGUCAGCACUCCGGCUUCGCUCCCUCAGUGUUUGCCGGCCCAGAUCCAGAUCACGGGCGGGACUUCGCCUUACAUCCUGGCCGCUAUUCCUGCUGCUCAGCCAGCAGCGCCCGCGAUCGCCAUCAUCGCGACCAACAUCGCCUCCUCGCCGUACACUUGGACUGUGAACCUCCAGACCGGGCUGAACAUUACUCUCCGAGUUACGGACUCCACCGGAGCCUUGACCUACUCUUCUCCCAUCGUGAUCCAAGCUGGAUCGAGCAGUAGCUGCUUGAACGCCUCGGCCUCUACUGGCGGCCUGUCGACUGUGUCUGUCAGCACCACUAUCACCACCUCAGGAACACAAAGCGGAACCGUCUCGGCCGCCGUCACGACCUCGACCACCCGCCUGUCUUCCAGCUCGUCGUCCAUGUCCAUGACUAGCAGCAUGGCCAGCUCCAGCUCCGCCGGUGCGGCUACCAGCAGCGCUGCCAGCUCCGCCGCUGCCUCAUCCUCCCGCGCCUGGGCUGUGCCCACUGCCGUGGCCGGUAUUCCCGCCCUCGCCAUGGCCGCCAUUGGUGGUGUUGCUGUCUUGAUGUAA